AUGCCCGACAAAGACGCUGGCACCCCCCGCGUCUUCCUCUACCGACAUGGCCAAACCGAGUGGUCCAAGAAUGGUCGCUACACCGGUGUCACCGAGCUUGAGCUCACCAAAGAUGGGGAAAACCAGGUUCUCGCAUCCGGCAAGAUCAUUGUUGGUUCGGGCAAAUUGAUUGACCCAGCCAACCUUGCCCACGUCUACAUCAGUCCACGCAGGCGUGCAAUGCAGACCUUUGAGAUUGCUUUUGAUGACGCCGAUCAGAAGACCCUGAAAGAUGAAAACAAGAUCUCCGUGACUGGUAGACUUGCUGAGUGGGAUUAUGGUUUGUACGAAGGCAUGUUGACUAAGGAUAUCCGUGCCUUGAGAAAGGAGCAUGGUCUGGAUGCGGAGAAGCCUUGGGAUAUCUGGCGUGAUGGCUGUGAGAACGGAGAAUCCGCGCAGCAGGUCACAGACCGCAUUGAUAAUCUCAUUCAGGAGAUCCGUUCCAUUCAGAAGGACAACAUGCACGGAGAGAACCCUUCUGAUGUUCUCCUUGUUGCCCAUGGUCAUCUUCUUCGUGCCUUUACCAAGCGUUGGCUUGGGUAUCCCAUGGAAUUCCCUCUUUCCUUGAUGCUUGACCCUGGAGCUGUUGGUGUCCUCAGCUACCAACACCACAAUGUUGACGAGCCUGCAAUGAUGGUUGGAUAUGGUUUCCCUGUGCAGGAAUAA